AGGAGUUCUGUUUCCGGGAGGUUGCUCGGCCGCUGGAUGAAGCGCAACAGCAACAUCCACACAUUCAUUUCAGAAACAUAAACAUCACACUUCGUGAAGUUCUAUCGACGGUACGGGAUGUCAGGUCAGAAGCGCCCGGGUGAACCCAGUGGUUCUGUGGCACUCGGUGCCCCUCCAGAGAAGAAGAAGGGAGGUGAGGACGGAGAGGGUAUGAGCACUGGAUCAGGGGGAAGCACUGCUGUAGAAACAGUCAUCAAACUGGGAGGAGGAUCCAACUUGGAGGAGCAGGAUAUCAAAGCUCUGCAGAUCAAAAACAGAAAGCUGGGAGAGUCACUAGACCAAAGACAGGUGAUUGAAGAUGAACUGAGAGAGAGAGUUGAGAGGUUGGAGACUCGUCAGGCGACAGAUGAUGCCAGUUUGUUGAUUCUUAACAGAUACUGGAACCAGUUUGACGAAAACGUGCGAUUAUUUGCACGCCGCUAUGACCAAUCAGGUAGUGAGCCAGUUGAAAGCCAAUCUGCUGAAGGGUGGAGCUUAAAACCAGGAACACCAGAACCAGAUGGAGACUCAAACCAGGAGAGGGCAAAAGACAGAGGUCAACAGGGAGAGGGAGUAAGUUCAUUUCUGGCCACACUGGCCAGUAGCAGCAGUGAGGAGAUGGAGGCAGAGCUGCAGGAGAGAGUGGAGUCCAGCUGCAAACAGGCCAGCCGUGUGGUAGAAAUCUAUGAGAACUUAAAGAACACCGUAGAUCAACUGAAGAAGGACUUGGAGUCUGGCACAGGUGGCAGUCUCUGGGAUGUCGCUGUCCGCCUCAACACACUUCUGACCAAUGAGAACGAACGUCUCCGUCAGCUGACCGAUUGCCUCCAACAGAAACAUAGUCUCAUGACCAGUGAGUCUCGUUCGUUAGGCCGUGCAGCAAAUCGUGCAGAUAACAGAAUCAGUGAGCUGCAGGUUCUUAUUGAGGAACUCCAGUGGGAUAUGGAGAAGAUCAGACGGAGAGAAAAUCGACUUAAUACACACCUUGUGGAGGUGUUGGAACGGGUGAACAGUAAAGGUUAUAAGGUUUGUGGGGAGGCCAGCAGUGUAUGUGGAACCAUCACUAUCAACAAAAGAAAGUUUGAGGAGAUGAACAGUGAGUUGGAGGAGAACAGAGAGCUGGCGGAGAAUCGACUGAGUGAACUCCAAAAACUCCAGCAGGACCUGCAGACUGUGUACCAGGAGAACAAUAACAUGAAGGUGGAGUUGUUGUCCAGGGCUGAGCAGGUGGCCAGAGAGAGUGCUGAGUAUCGCUGUCUGCAGUCUCAGUUCUCAGUGCUCUAUAAUGAAUCGCUGGUGUUGAAAUCUCAGCUGGAUGAAACCAAAGCAAGACUCAACACGACCAGGACAGCCCGUCUACGCCAGCUAGACCACAUGGAGAAUGAUGAAGUAUCAUUGCAACGUAAAGUCCGAACUGAAGUGAUUCAGCUAGAGGACACGUUAGCACAAGUGCGCAAAGAAUACGAGAUGCUCAGGAUCGAAUUUGAGCAGACACUAGCUGCAAAUGAACAAGCAGUUCUCUCUCAAUCUUUCUUAGGCCCUAUAAAUCGUGAGAUGCGGCAUUUGAUCAGUACGCUGCAGACUCAUAACCAGCAGAUGAAGGGAGAGGUGGUUAAAUAUAAACUCAGACUGAGAGAGUCUCAGCAAGAGCUCAACCAGCUCCGUGCUGCCAAAGGCAAUGCUGCUGUCCAAUCUCAGUCGAGCACAGAGCUGGAUGUGAAGGAAGAAACCACCUCCCCACUUACACCAGCCCCAACGAGUGACAUUACUGUGAAGACCGAGCCAGAGAGCGGCUCAGCCACACCCAGCACCACUGGUGUAACGAUUAAGACAGAACCUGGAACAGAGACCGAGACUGUCGUGAAAGAGGAGGAAAAGGAGAAAGAUAAGGAAAAAGAUAAGGAGAAAGAAAAAGAAAAGGAACAGAGAGAAAGGAUGACCCGUGGAAGUACCGGAGGAGGAGCAGUGAAGGAAGAGAGGGAGAAAGCCAGUACAAGCAGCAGCCAAUCUGAAGACCUCGCAGCUGAACGCUGCGUUGUGAUUGGAGCACCUAAACGGAAGGAGAUGGAGCAGCUGAAAAUAGUGAGAGUGGACCUAAAGAAAGCACAAGAGUCCCAGAGGGAGAUGAAGCUUUUGUUGGACAUGUAUCGUUCAGCGCCAAAAGAGCAGAGAGACAAAGUGCAGCUGAUGGCAGCGGAGAAAAAGGCAAAGUCAGAGGCCGAGGAGCUCCGUCAGCGUGUGCGAGAUCUGGAAGAGAAGGAGAGGAGAGAAGGAAAGAAGAUGGCAGAUGAAGAAGCCCUGAGGAAGAUCCGCUCAGUUGAGGAACAGAUUGAUAUACUCAAUAAGAAACUCUCCCUUGCUAAGCAGGAGGAGGAUGCUUUGCUGAGUGAGAUGGAUGUUACCGGUCAGGCGUUUGAGGACAUGCAGGAACAGAACAUUCGUCUGAUGCAGCAGCUCAGAGAGAAAGAUGAUGCCAACUUCAAACUCAUGAGUGAACGCAUCAAAUCCAACCAGAUCCACAAACUUCUCAAGGAGGAGAAAGAGGAACUAGCUGACCAACUGCUUACACUAAAAACACAGGUGGAUGCUCAACUGCAGGUUGUACGAAAACUAGAGGAGAAAGAGCGCCUCCUGCAGGGUACUAUCAGCGCUGCAGAGAGGGAGCUGUCUCUUCGCACACAGGCAUUGGAGAUGAACAAGCGCAAGGCACAGGAGUCAGUUGUGCUGUCUGAGGAGUUGCGUACUCAGCUAGAGGGUGUGCAGCAGAGGUUGGUUGCGGUCAGAGAAGAGGUGGUUGAGAACAGCAUCUCCAGAGAGAAAGAGUCCUUCAAUGCUCGUCGUGCACAGGAGGACAUAUCCAAGCUGCGCAGGAAGAUAGAAAAGGCCAAGAAACCUGCAGAGAACAUUCGCAAUGGGGAUGAGAUACUGAAUGAGGAAAUUAAUGAAUACAAGGCUCGGCUGACGUGUCCGUGCUGCAAUUCACGCGUGAAGGAUGCUGUUUUGACAAAGUGCUUCCACGUUUUCUGUUUUGAGUGUGUGAAGACGCGUUAUGACACUCGCCAAAGAAAGUGUCCAAAGUGCAAUGCCGCUUUUGGUGCCAACGAUUUCCACCGCAUCUACAUCGGAUAAGCAUACGAUCCACAUCUGAUCCACAUCAUGAUUUAUCCAGUUUCUCAACAUUGUUCUUUGGGUGGAGGUUGUCCUUUAUUGUUGGGCAGACAUCAGCUCAGUGCUACAUUCCGUUCAUAACACAACCAAAGUGGUAGAUUUUUGUCAGUGCUCGUUUAACAGAACUAACCUGUCCACAUGCCACAAGCCUGUCUUAUUCAGCAUUAUUCACUCACAAAACUGUUGCUUGCUUCCAGGUGUGUCGUGAAUGUUUGCAGACUGUCUUUAAUCUCAAACUGCUUAGACAAGAUAUCCCAUUCCACCUCAACUUUAAAUUGACUACCCUAUGAUUUCUGAGCCAACGUGCACUCAUCAACAUAAGCGAUAGUCUUUAUAGGCUUGUCAUUGAAAACAAGGUGCCUAGUAGAAUGGGGAACCGUUCAUUUGCAUUGAGUUUGCAUCCGGCAGAUUUCCUGAACAGCUGGUAUUGUCAUUUUUGUACUGUUUACUUUUUCAUUUUUGACUGCCUACUUGUGAUUGUUGUGCAACUGCUUCAUUCAUUAAAAUAUAGAC